AUGGAAUCAAAGUUUAUUUGUCUGAAACUCCAAGAAGUUGACAUAUGGAGUGGAAAAUGAGAAGAAAUUUGGUGCAGAAUAAGUUUAGAAGGUAAAGUUGCAACGCUUUCUUUAAAAUCUCCUGUAAAAAUAUUUCUUUCUCAGCUAAGCCCUAAAAUCCAAAUUCACCUUCUCAUUCAAACUGGCAAUAUUGCGCUUGGCUCGGUUACCUUGUCGUUAGAGCAAGUGUUUGGUGCAGAUCUGACUCAGAGAAUGGAUCAAUGGUUUGAGUUUGAUGUUCCAGGAGAAGUUGUAGCUCUGAUUGAGUCUUCAACAUCUCUAGAGAAGAUCUUGCGAGUGAGAAUCAUAGGUGCUAUAACUUCAAGUCAAGAUUUCGAAUUUUCUGAACCUGAGGCUAGAGUAGAGAUAAAAGAAUCUGAUAAUAUUGAAUAUGUAAGUGAGCCUCAGCAAGAAAUUAUCCUUGAGCAUAUUGAAGUUAAAGAGAGUGCUGCUAAAUCUGAUGACAUAUCUAUUCAUUCUGAAGUUAUUUAUGAGCAUAAACAUGCACCACAUCCUAUACAUCCGGAAGAGAAUAUGAAUGAAGCAGUGGAAGACUUUCAGCAGCAUAUUGGAAUUAGUCAAAUUGAAGAACCUAGGACUUUUGAGAACAUUGUUGAAAGCAAACCAGUUGAAAUAGCAGCUGAAGUGAAAGAAAAGCCUGACAGAGCACGUCCUCAGCCCCUGCCUAUAUCUGGGCCUAUAAGAAGUGGGAAGUGUUCUUACUUAGACAACAUCAAAGGUGCAGAGCACCACCAAAAAUAUACCCAGAACAUUCUUGAUAAGCUGAAAGAAGAAAUGGGCCAAUCAUUUCUCAAGCUUGUUGAUGAUGCUACAAGAUUAAGAUCAAGAAGUCCCACUCGAUCUGGCAGCAGGUCUCCAACAAAAAAAUUGACCGCAAGGUCUCCAACAAGGGUUGCUGGAGGAGGCAGUAUAUCUUCUGCCUCUAAAGGAGGAGAGGAAGAAGAAUUCGUUGAAAUAGCAGGGAACUCAGACGUGUUUUUGGAAAAAUUGUCCUUAAAAACCAAAAACGGCUUUAUAGCUUCUAUUGUUGGGCUCCUAUCAAAACAGUCGAUAUAUGAAACACUUGCAAGAGAAGCAGGACUUAUUCGUGGCCAAACUGAAAACAUUGAAAAAGGUUCAGAAACUCUGGAAUCUUCUGCAGACGAAACAAAAGAGGAAAUAGAAAAAGAGUUUGCAGACUAUGAAGCUUGAAUUAAAGAGAUUAAGGAUGAAAUAAGAGGAAAUGAAGAGUCAUUUCAAGGGCUGAAGAAAAAGAAUGAAAUGCUUAGCCAUGAAAAAGAGUCAGUUUUGCAACAAUUAGCAAAACUAAAGAGUCAAAAGGGUGAACUUUCUUCUGAGGCAGAAAUUUCUCAGCUGAUAGAAGACAUCCAAGAUCUCGGUAAGGCAUUUGAGAACUCUCAAAACAAGAGAGACAGACUAAAGGCGGACUUUGAAGCUUAUUCUCAAGAUUAUGCAAAGCAAGCUGACUUGCUUAUUAUUGAAAACUUGAAACUCGCAGAAAACAAAUCUUCUCUACAGGAAGAUCUUAAAUCCAAGAGUCAUCAGCUCGAAUCUCUUAACCAGGAAAAUGACUCCUUAUUAAAAGAAAUAGAAAUCCUUGAAGGCCAAAUCGGUGUCUCAGCAAGACAAAAAAGCACUCUUUCCAUUUUCCAGCAAGCUUCAAAAUCACAUGAGUCCGCACUUGACCGGAUUAAAUCUCAAGUCGUAUCAAUAAGGAACUCAAAAGACACUUUUUCAACUGAAACUUUUGCUCUUCAACAACAAUUAGAAUCAGAUCUCAAGAAAUACAAGAACCUCAAAGUAAGCUCCCAAGGGGAAAUUGAAAAAAGAUCAGAGCUAAUUGGCGAUCUCAAAAGCAAGCUCAACAAUCUCAAAGGUUAUAUAAAGCAGCUUGAAGAAAUUUUUGCGAAAAAACAGAACAUUGAUCAUGUCUUUGAUAUUGUCCAAUCAAAAGGACGUCACGAUUUUGAGUCUAAAGAUUUGCUGGUCUCUGAACUUUCAUAUUUUUCUGAUUUCCUUUUUUCUCUGACUCAGCUAUACUUGAAAGAGCACAGAAUUUAUAAAAGCCUCAGUGCUGUUUUUGAAGAAAAAGAGUAUGAUCUCAAUGCAAUGAGAAGGGUGGUGGUCGAAUUAAAGAUGCAGAACCCAGUUUACUUUCCUGCUGAUGAUGAUAAUAUUGAUCAGGCUCUUUCAGCCUUUUUGAACUCGAGAGAUGAAGUUGUGCCUGUGCCUUUUAUUAGAGAAGCUAAAGGAGUUUAUUUGUUUGGGACACGAAGAGUUCUGAUCAGCUUUGAAAGAGGCAAACUUAUUGUUAAGGUUGGAGGAGGAUUUUUGCCUAUUGAUGACUUCGUAGAAUGCUACUAUGAUGGGGAGUUUGAAAAGUUGAAUCAUAGGCCAGAGGAGAAAAGUCCAAGAAUGAAAAAGUUUAUGGCCAAGUGGGUAGGAGGAUUGAUGGACUAUAAAGAAAAUGAUGAUGAAGCAAUGAAGAAGAGACUCAUCAAAGCAGUUGAGGGGCAUAAAUACUCAACGGCAUAUGCAGUCAAAGACAAAGCAAAAUCAAGAAGCAGGAGUCAGUCUCCUACAAAACUAGCAUUAGAUGAGAUUAUUGCUGCAUCGAUUGGUGAUGGGGCCUAA